AUGGAAAUCAGGAGCGUUGAUAUGAAAGCGGCACGGGGGAUCAGACGAAGGAAAGAGGUACGAAGUGAAUGGCGAUUGUCAGCAAGGCAUGUCCGUGGUCGAAGAAGCGCAUCCGCAACAUCGGCAUGGAUUCGUGCAAACAGCGGGAACAUAAAGAAGCUUUCCCGCUGCGGGGAUCAGUGCGUGUCUGUUGUGCAAAAAAUGCGUCUGCGCGGCUACACUAUUGCAAUGUCGUUUCGCAGCAACAGGAUCCAAGUGUUUAGAAGCUCGGAAGCACGGCUCGAGACAAAUGUGCCGAGGUCGUCCAUUCCUCCUCUUGAGUCUGACGAUGCUUGCCUGCCUGGGAAGCACGGAGCUGUUAUGAUGAAUGCGCCAGCCGAUCGACGUCGCUACAAGCGCUCUGCUGCUCUUCGUUGCCUGCAAUCUGCGGCGUCAGGAUGA